GGACGACGUCGGCGUUCAUCGCUAGGCGCCGGCGGAGGGAAAAGAGCAGGCAUGGCGCUCUUCGUCGUCCACAGGUGAGAAGGGGGCCGGACAUGCGGCCCGCGGCUGCCUGGUUCGGGUCCAGGCGGCGCUGAGGCUUCCGCGACCGAGCCCCGGGCGGGACCGCGAGGGAGGAGGCUUCGCUGCCGCUUGGGCUGCGGGCGAAUGUGGAUGUUUGGCUUGAAAUUCGAGCCCAGUUGUGAGUGGGAAAGGGGCUUCGUGGUCACAUGACAGCGGUGGCGGCAAGGAUGAUUUCCACUGCAGCCCCUCAAAGCACUUUUUAAGGACUUGGAGGUGCGGCUGGCAGCAUCAGCAUCAUUACAGUGGUUACCUCGGGUUAAGUACUUAAUUCGUUCCGGAGGUCCGUUCUUAACCUGAAACUGUUCUUAACCUGAAGCACCACUUUAACUAAUGGGGCCUCUUGCUGCUGCUGCGCCGCUGGAGCACGAUUUCUGUUCUCAUCCUGAAGCAAAGUUCUUAACCUGAAGCACUAUUUCUGGGUUAGCAGAGUCUGUAACCUGAAGCGUAUGUAACCCGAGGUACCACUGUACUAUUAUUUACCCUCUUCAUCCGAAGAUUGCAGGGCGGUUUACAAUGCAAUCAUACAAAAAAGAGAAUGCAGAUGCAUAAUCAAAGAACCAGCCAAUAGCCCCACCCUCAAUACAUUUAAAAGGCCAUAAACUUACUAAAUCAGCCAAAGUCCUCGUUAUGGAGGAGUGUUUUUGCCCGGUUCCUGAAGAUAUGUAAUGAAGGCCUCAGGUGAGCCUCCCAGGGGAGAGCAUUCCACAAGUGGGGAGCCACCACAGAAAAGGCCUGUUCUUGUGUCGCCACCUUUCAGACUUCUCGUGGAGGGGGCACAUGAAGAAGGGCCUCAGGGGAUGAUUGCAGGGUUCGGGUCAGUUCAUAUGGGUUGGUGGUGGUGGUGGUGGUCAGUUCAUAUGGGUGGUUGUUGUUGUUGUUGAAUUUAUAUACCACCCUAUAACCACAGGUCUCAGGACGGUUCACAGAAUAAAAUCAGAAUAUAAAACCAUAAAUACAUGAAUCAAAAUAAAAACAACAGCCCAAUAAAUGAAUAACCCUGUCCUUGGUCCUUAAGGUAUUGUGGUAUAUGGAACAGCAGGACGCUGUUAAGUCGGUGUCGGUAGCGGCAUUGGGAAAGAAGUGAUUAACUCAUUUCACGCUCUUUUUUUUUAUCAGAAUUGUGCACAAGAAUUCCCACCACCAUAAAUUAUGAAGGCAUUUAAUCACCUUUUCGUGUUCUCUGGCUACAGUCAUCUUCACGGCACUCCUCCAAUUGUGUUUCUUUUUUAAAAAAAUAUUUAAUAAACUAAUAUGGCAGGAGACUAAGCCUUUGUAGUGUAGCCCAGUGUUGUUAUAGCUAAUUUCUCUCAGCAUCUCUCCUGCCCCCAUGCAGUACUAUGAUUAUAACACCACUGGUCUACUUUGCAGGGCUGUGGUCAGUCAGAGCUCACCCCACCCUCCCAUGUAUUAUCCAUGCUCUGGCAAUCUCCCAAAGUGUUCCAGAAACUUCCCCUGGUCCAAACCACUACUGUGGUUUUCAACUGGAUAAGAGUGAAUAGGCAAAAAUUAAAAUACAGCAAAUCAGUAUGUCUUAAGCACCCAGCUAAAAAUAAAAAAUGAAGGUGCCCAAUUUAACUUUUUUGGGGGGAGAGUUCCACUGUUGGGGUGCUUCCACCAAAGAAAACCCUUGUUAGUGGAGUACUGAAACCAUUGUGAAAUCCACAGGUAUCUUGGUGAUGAAGACAAUGACGUCAAAGACCACUCGCAAGUGCUCCUGGAACGGCUGAAGGAACGGGUAAGAGCUCGACAGCAGCAAAGACAGCAGCAGGAUGAUCACAUGCCUGCAGAAAGUGGACCAGAUAAUGAAAUGCCUGACAUGGACUUGGAGAAGGAAGCACAGCAGAAAUCCAAAAAGAGGAAGCAAAGUGAGGAAUCCCCUUUUACAGAAGGCCAUAGAAAGAGAAAGAAGAAAUUAUCCACUGAAGGGGGUGAAGGUGUGGAAGAGAAAGACGAUGAUCUUAGUCCAAGAAGAAGUAAAACAAGUGGAAAGGAAUCAAAGACACCACAAGGAAGGUCUGAUGGAGGGGAAGGUAAAAUAAAUUGUGGGUGGAAACUGGGAGCUACAUUCAGUCUCCAUCGUUUCUGGGCAGUGCUCAGUCAACAAUAUGAUAGUAUCUGCUCAGGCCACACACACACCCCAAAUCAGGCCAGUGGUGCUCAUCUUUUAGAGAUAGGAAGGCACAGUCUAAGUAUAAAUGUGUACCAUAAAGAUUGGCUCUGACUUCCGGAAUGAAGGGAAGGGCUGUGGUUCAGCAGUAGAGCACCUGCUUUGAAUGCAGAAGGUUCCAGGUUCAGUCUGGGAUAUCCUGGUAGGGCUGGGGGUGUCCUCUGUCUGGGGGGCCUCUGCCAGUCAGUGUAAACGAGGAGUGGGGAACUUCUGAACUUCCAGAUGUUGCAAGACUACAACCUCCCAGCAGCCCUAGGUAGCAUGGCCAGGGAUGAUGGGAGUUGUAGUUCAGCAACAUCUCAAGGACCAAAGGUUCCUCACACUCAUUGUAGACAAAACUGAGCUAGACAGACCCUAGUGGUCUGACGCAGUCUAAGGCAGCUUCCUAAUGAGAAUCAUAAUAUAGGAAGGGUUUGUUUUUUAUUCAAAGUAUUUUUGGCCUACUCUUCAUCUGAGAAAGACUCCCAGAGUGGCUUACCGUAUUCAGUAAUAACACCAUAUCUCUUCAAGAGAAGCCAUCAGUAGGGAUUUCUGCUUCCCCAGUGUGGUGUGUACAGCAAAACUCCUGUUGUGUCUCUCAUGAAUCACUUUCUCCCAGCUUCUCUUGCCUCUUGUGUGAGCAGCUGCUGGUAUGGAUAAGCCCUCACUUCUCUCCUUGAGACUCCCACUUGCUAUAAAGUGAGCAGCUGCCUGCUUCUUUGGCUCUGUUGAUUGGUACUAGGAGGGGUGGGAUGAGCGGGGGGGUGGGGAAUGGGACAGAUUGCUUUCUGUGCACUUUUGGGCCCUUUCCCACCUUGGGCCCAACCAUUCCCCCCACCCCCAGCUCACCUUUUCCUCUUUUUUUUUGAAAAUGCCAUAAGCACAUCUUUUUCUUAAACUCAAAUCAUUUGUCAUGUUCAUGUUGCUUUUACCAGGAAGUGAAAUUAAGUUAGCAAGCCAACUAGAAGAUGAUGGCUCAGCAGGAGAGAGGGAGGAUGGCGCGGAAGCCAGAGCAAAUGAGAGCCAUGGUGAAAAGGAGCAGAUGCUGAAGUCACCGCAGGAUCCAAAGGAAACCCCCCCACCUCCCAACACAAUCAUUCUUGGUGACUGGGUUUUGAAGGCAGCGCAGAAGAAGAAGGUAGCUCACUUAAGUCUUGAGCCGAUAGUCUGUUAUCAACAUGCUUUGCUCCCAGUCUUUGUCAAAGGCUCAGCCACACUGCGAUGAGGUCAGGGUUGCUUCCUUACUGAAGCAACACUUGGAGGGUCAAGGUGACGGCUGGGUUUGGCUAUCUGUUCAAUGCAGGGAUUGGAAACCUGUGGCGCUCCCUAGAUGACGCUGAACUACAACUCCGAUCAUCCCUGAACAUUGGUCAGACGGCUGUGACUGAUGGGGGCUGGAAUCCAACAACAGCUGGAGGGCUGCAGAUAUCCCCCUCCCCACCGCUAAUGUUAAUAUUAAUAAUAAACAAAUGUAUAGCUUGCUUCAUAUCACAGAGCCAUCAAAGCCUUAGUUUGGUGCUUGAGCAUAGCACCCUUUUAAUUCCUUUACCCCAUUAGUUUCCUCUCUUUUUCGACAACGGGGACCAAGCCUUGUUGAAGCUCAAUAGAGGGAGAUUCCAUGGAAGCAAAACCUUUCAGCUGGAACAUUGGGCCUGAUUUGUCCUGAGGUUGGAGUUGCAAUGUUCCUUGUGGCAUCUUGUCGGGACAGAGGUGUGUGUGCCUGCAGUUCUCUUGAGUCCACAGUUCCACCAUCACAUGUGCGUCUGUCAUUUCCAGGUGGAGCCUCUUCUGCCACGCUGGCUGGCUGAACCUAAGCUGGUCCAGAGGCGGAUCAAAGAGAACGUUGUCCCACUCCAAGACGUUCCAGUAAUCCAUCCAAAAUUGAGGAAGAAACUGCAAGGAAAUGGAAUAGAGUCUUUGUUUCCAGGUAUCAUCAUAGUGGGAAAAUUUUUCCUCUUCCAUGCUUUUAAACCCAUAUUUAGAAGAUGGCCAGAGUUUGGGAGAUGGAUGGAUGCGAAUGGUUAGUGCUUAAAAGACAGGGACCUCUGCUCUUUAAAUGAAUGUUGGUGGGAGUCGCUCCCAUCGGUACUUCAGUUGUAACCUCUCUGCAGUGUUUGAUGUGGUGUCAAACUGAGGAAGCACAGUUUUAUCCACAGCAAAUUAUUUAGCUAGGCUAGAAUGUCAAUGAAAUACCUAGAUGUAAACGUGGACCUGCAUCUCUCAUCCCACAGCAAGUUCCAACUCAAGUGUGUGGAUCCAUUUGCAUGUGAUGAGAGAGAAGCAACCCCACCUUUCUCAGAACUCUGGUGCAAAGGAGCCAGAGGGCUGUGGGUAUCCUUCACGACACCCUGUUAAACAAAUUCUGCCCAGAAAUAAAUGAGCCAGCUGCUGCCCCUGGACCUUUGUUCUGGGUGCUCCAGUAAUGAUUCCCCAAGACACCCGAGUGCCCACAAAUACUUUCCAUAGGACCACUCCCCCUCCACUUCUCAUAAGGGAGCUGUUCCUGGAGGAAGAACUGUGAGGGGAGAGACUCCAUCAGGCAAGCCCUCCUUCCACCUGCCUUGGCCCACCCUCUGCUUCUCAAUGUGUAUUGUAUUAUGUACUGUGGCUUGCUGUUGUUUUAUUGAUUAUAGUUUAGAUAUUAUUGUAACUGUUGAGUGGAUUUCUGUUUAACUUUUAUAUGUUGAUAUUAUUAUUUUAUACGAUUCUAAUGAUUGCUGAAUGUUACUCUUUCGAUGGAGGUUGCCCAUUUUAAAGUUAUGUUUUAUUAUGGCAUUUUUGUAUUGCAUUAGAUUGUUACAAGAUGUACAUUUUUUGUUUCUUCAGCUUGUAAACCGCCUUGAGUAUUGUAAGAUAGAAAGGCGGUAUACAAAUUAAAAAUGAUAAUGAUGGCAAUUCCAAGCUCUCUCUUUUGUAUGGUGAGGCUAGGCUGCAAUUGACAGAGCUGGAGAGAAGACUUAAAAGUGGAUUCACUGAUGGAAUGUGAAGCGUAUAAACAUUUGGAAGGUGAAAAAGUGUAGGCAAAAGAGAAAGAUGGCUCGGUUUUCUUGCUGGUGGCCACCAAAUCCUUGGCAGGAGAGAAAGUAGUAUACAAAUUCCAAAACCGCCUUGAAACCUCUCCCAUACCCCUUGCCCUCUUCCUUACCCUUUAAGCAGUGGGGGGAAUGUUAUUGGGGUAUGUGCUGAUCCUGCCUGCUCUUUUUCUUCAGUUCAGGCCGAGGUGAUUCCAGCCAUCUUGGAAAGCGGGUUUUUGGCCGGGAGAGGUGGCUACCAGCCCAGUGAUAUCUGCGUCUCAGCCCCUACCGGCAGUGGCAAGACCCUGGCCUUUGUCAUUCCGGUGGUGCAGGUGAGUUUUGGGCGAAGCGGAGAGAUGCUGGCUGGUGUGUGUUCUGUGCCAAAAUAGCCUCCUGUUGUGCAACCCAGUGUGGGCUGCUUUAAGACUUUUGCGUACAAGGAGUAGUAUCAGGCUGGUGAAUUUGGAAAGCACUGUCUCAAAGGAUCCCCCAGCACUUGGGGCAAAGGGGGAUGUGACUCAAUCGACUGUGUGUCCAUUUAGCUCUCUUGGUUGCUUUUCCCACACCCAUUCGUGUAGACUGAGGAGCAGGAGACACCCAUCUCUUCCUGAUCGCUGGCCUUUGUCUUUUCAGGCUCUGUUAGACCGAGUCGUCUGCCGAGUACGAGCUCUGGCCGUCCUGCCCACCAAGGAACUAGCCCAGCAGGUGCGUUACUGAGGAGAGAUUUGUUGGUGGGGUGGGGGACUUUGGACUCCAGCUGUGAGUUCAUCCCAAUUGGAUUCUCCAAUGUGUAGGAUGUGUGGUCAGCCCCAGGAAUGCGUUAACUAGUUUACAGUCAUACGUCAGGGCGAAUACGCUUCAGCUUAAAUAUUUUUGGGUUGCGCUCUGCGGCGACCCGGAAGUAACGGAGCACGUUACUUCCGGGUUUUGCCGCUUGUGCAUGCACAGACGCUCAAAAUGACGUCAUUCACAGAAGCGGCAAAAUGCGACAUGCGCAGAUGUGCAGUCGCAUCUUACGUUCGCUUCAGGUUGCGAAUGGGGCUCUGGAACGGAUCCCGUUCGUAUCCAGAGGUACCACUGUAUAAGUGAUUAGACUGGCUUAACAGUACUGCACAGUCUUGUUCUUCAGAUUUUAUACUGCCACCCCCCUUACAAAUACUCACUGCAAAAGUUUAGCCUUUAUACCCUUCUCUCCCUCCCUCAUAAUGCUAGAAAUCAAGAUUCCCCCAGUUGAAGGGAUCAGCGGUAAAUUCAAGACAGGCAAAUAUAGAUAGGUAUAAAUUUUUAACUCUCACAGUGCACAGUACUGCCCCCAGAAGCUGUGAGCCUCACCAGUCACUGGCUCAGAUGAGAGGGAAUUCACAGAGUAGCCGAGGCCUGUCUCCACAUACUAGGCAGGAUGGCUAAAUAGAACCUCUGGGUUCAGAAGCAGUCUACCCCAGAAUACCAGUCAGGGAAGGCCCAUUACCUUCCUGCCGGGGGCGGGGGGAGCUGUUGCAGAAGCAUCUGUUAGGCUCUGUAAGUAGAAGCACCAACACAAGAGAAGGGCCCUGCUGAACCCGUUGCCACGUGUCAGAAGUGCAAAGGACCAGGCAUUUUGGGAGCUGUCAAGAGCCGGAUUUUUGCCUUUGCUCUUCUUGCCUCAAGUUUGGCCCUGAAGGUGUGUUUUGUGCCUUGCUGCUCCUGAGAGGCAGCCCUGUUCCCUCUAGGCCACUGAUUCUCUCCUCUCCACAGGUGACUAAAGUAUUCAACAUUUACACUGACGGGACGGGGCUGAAAGUGGUCCAGCUCACCGGGCAGAAAUCGUUUGCAAAGGAGCAGGAGUCGCUCGCUGAGGAGACGUAAGUUCACCUUCUCUUUGUUUGGCUUUGCACGCCAACCUCCUCCUUGCGUCUUGGCCCAGGAAGCUGAGCCCAGAGGUGGCACAGCAGCAGCAGCAGAGGCCUCCAUCUUCUUCCUUAGCAAUCGGCGCAAGUGGGAGGUUGUCUGGUGCUGCUGCUUCUCCGUAAAUCACACUCCUCUUCACUGCCUGUUCUGGUGCUUCUUUUUCCAGGCUGAUGGGAUUUCGUAGCCUGGCAGACAUUGUCGUGGCCACUCCUGGGCGCCUCGUAGAUCAUCUUCAGCAGAGCCCCCAGUUCAGCCUGAAAGAACUUCGCUUCCUGGUGAGGAAUCCCUCUCCCCCCGCCCCCAUGUUUGAGGAUUGCAUCACAUGCAAUGUUGUGGCUGGAAGGGCCCUUAUAAGGCAGCGGCUUCCAAAGUGGGCAUUACUGCCCCCCCCGGGGGGAGGGAAUUACCUAGAGGGACACUUAGAGCAGUGUUCCCCAACCUUGGGCCACCAGCUGAUUUUGGACUACAACUCCCAUCAUCCCUAGCUGGCAAGACCAGUGGUCAGGGAUGAUGGGAACUGUAGUCCAAAAGCAGCUGGAGGCCCAAGGUUGGGGAACACUUACUUAGAGGCAGGGGUAAAUUACUUUUAAAAAGCUGGCAUCAGUGGGUCAGGUUCAUCAGUUUUGUUGAAUCACGUUUUAACUGGAUUUUGAAUAAAGGUGCAAUUAAUUGUUGCUGUUUUGAAUUUUAUUGUGCUAUUACCUUCCGUAGAGGGUAAUGCAAACUGCUACAGUGGUACCUCGGUUCUCGAACGUAAUCCAUUCCGGAAGACCGUUCAGCUUCCAAAACAUUCAAUAACUGAGGCGUAAUAGGCUAGCUGCAAAUGCAAUUAAGAAAAUGGAAAAGCACCCAGCGGAAGCCGUUCGACUUCUGAGGCAUGUUCGAAAAUGGAAGCAUUUACUUCCGGGUUUUCGGCAUUCGGGUUUUGAAACGUCCGACAACGGAGACGUUUGAGAACCGAGGUACCACUGUAUUCUGAAUGCUUUUUGUACGGUAGGGGACACAGGAGAUGAGGUUAUGGAACCAAGGGGGCGGUGGGUGGGAAAAGUUAGGGAACCACUGAUAUAAGGGGUUGGGGUAGUGGACUGUGACACGGUGUCCCUGUUACAUAAAAUGUGACCUAUAAUAGCCUCAUAACUAGAAUUGCUUCCUUCGCCCCCAAAUGUCCGUUCUUUAAUGCACGAUUCAGCCAGCUGCUUCCUGGAUGAAAGCGCCUCUCUCGCUGGCCCUGCUUUGAGGCUCUCCUCCCUGCAGGCUGGGCUCCCAGUCACAUGCAGCUCCACCAUGAGUGUAAAGGCAACGGGACCCCACCCUCAAAACGCUCCCCCCCUUCAUCUCCCCCUCCCAGCAGACCUUGGCAAGGCAAUGCCAGCUACGGCUGUGAAGCUUUCUGCAGUGCCAGAGGUCGUGAGCCUCCCCUGACUGCCUCUCUUUUGCCCGUGAGCGCAGAUAAUUGACGAAGCCGAUCGCAUGAUUGACAACAUGCACCAGGACUGGCUGCGGCAGGUGGUGGCGGCAGCUCAUUCAGCGGUGGAAGAGGGCUCCGGCACCCCACAGCUGUUCAGGAGGGCAGAGCAGGGGCCCCUCACGGCAGCCAGGUACGUCAGCCACGUCAGAGAGGAGAACGAGAAGGGAACCGGCAGGGCAGGGAGUGGUGGGACGGAUCAGCAAAGGACCCCUUCUGGCUCCUGGAAGCACAGCCAGCUCCUCCUGGGAGUCAGGCCUUGAGCAGAAACUGCCCACUGUGUUGUCGAGGGUUCCUUUGCCAGGAAUGUGACCCCAAAGGCCGCCUUGUGGAUCCCAAACCCCUGAAUAUCAAGGAGCUGGCCUGGGAAUGUUGUGUGUGGAUCCAGGGGGUGGGGAGCAGAGAGGCACUGGAAAAGCUCCUCAUUUGCUUGUGUUUGGGUCGGGAGGCCUGUCCCACCCAGGGCCUUUUGCAUUCCAGAGCUGUAGCGUUCCCAAAGCAAGGAAGGAUUGGACUCUGAUUAAUAAAAUACUGUACACACGAGGCAUGACCAGCAAGACUCUGGGAGGAGUGCCAACAAUAAUUCCUCUCCACCCCUCAGCCCAGGUCGUUUUAUUCACAAAAGAACUUUUUACACAGUGUUCGUAAGAACCAAUCAGAUUUCCUCUGAGCAUUUCAAAAACCCCACGAGGGACAAAGUUAAAGUUAAAACUACAAAGGAACUAUUUCCUACUUGAGCAUGCAUAGUAGUCCAGAGUAAAUAAAAUAGGAAUAAAAGGAGGAGUGCAUUCAGCAAAAUCCCGGAGGUCAUAAACAGGAGAGACAGGAUGGCAGUAUUUAUCAUCUCCUUGUGAACUCUCUUCCUGGCCCUUAAGAUCUAUCUAAAGAUUAACAAACUACAUCAAAUUAACCUACUAUCUUUAUGUACUGAGGAUACCUGAUCUGUGUUUCAGCAUGCUUAUGCAUUCUUGUCAGGCAUAGAGGAAGCAAAUGGCAGAGGUGCAAAGGCUGUGGGAUUCGAUCAGAAAUUAUUGUCAAUGAAUCAAACCCAGUCAACGCAAUGCUUUUAUCGCGGACACAAAUGGCUUGCUCCAUAUUUCAUAAUUCCUCAUAGCAAUCCCACCUGACCCCCACACUCUGGGUAUUUGCACCCCUACACAGAGCUGGCUGCCCCCACGUCCCCCUGCAGAAGCUCCUCUUCUCGGCCACCCUGACACGGAACCCCGAAAAGCUGCAGCCGCUGGGCCUCUACCGGCCUCGCCUCUUCACACCCAUCUCCUUGGAGGAGAAGGCAACGGAGACCACGAAGAAGUACGCCCUCCCAGAGGGGCUCUCGGUAAGAAGGGGGCUUGCAGGCAGUCCGCCCACCUGCCACUCUGGUUCUGGCAGAGCCAGGAAGGCGUGUUUGGCGAGGGGGACGUGAAUGGUGAGAAGGUGCCCUUUUGGGACAGCACCAGCCCUUCCCUCCAGACUGGAAGGCAAAUUGGGUUGGGGGAGGCAGAAGGCCCCAUUCCUUGGCAGCGGCAGCAGGUGCCUCAAGUCCCAGGCAGUUCUAUGUAGGGCUCGGGGGCUCAGAAGUUGGGUCCCUGGGAGGGCAGGAAUGCACAGAAAGGUUUGCGUUUCUUCGGCUGCAUAAUUUCUUUCUUGCGUCUUCAACCAAAGCUUAUGUUCUCAGGCGGCUAACAAAGUAGUAGGAGAGAAUAAAAAUAGGAAAUAAUAAUAGAAGACUUAGAAAGAAGGCAGCAAGCUGGCUGGUCACUGGUUUAGGGACUCGGCCCUGGUGGUUUGUCGGGGAGGGGGUGAUUUUGUGACUUGAAUAUCAGAGAGGCAAAUGCAGAAGAGCCGCUGCUUCUAAAUUGGGAACUCCAUAAUGGAUUCCCCCCCCCUUUUGGGGGGGUGUUACUGGGUUGUUUUUAUUUUGAUUAUAUAUAAUGUGGUUUUUAGAUUGAUCUAUACCUGAGAUCUCCAGGUAUAGGUUGGUAUGUAAAUAAUAAUAACAUGAUGAUGAUGAUGAUGAUGAUGAUUAUAUUUAUUAUUAAUAUAAAUAAAUGGCUUAAUGUAUGAAAACUGGUGGUCUAGAAACAUAGUGGAAGUUGUCAAUUCUGAAGUGAAAAGGGUGUUUUGCGAGAAACACACUGACCUAGUCUUGAAUUGUUCACUGGAGACACAGUCUCUUAUCGUCUGAGAGGCAGGAGUGUCAGCCCUUGAGCCUGUCCUGCUCCUUGGCCCAAAGUGACCCUCCUCGUCUUCCCAAAGGGAUUGGGCAGGAAGCACUCCUGGGGGGCGGUGCACAAACGGCUCUUCUUUCCUCCUCCCGCCACAGCAAUACUACGUGCCCUGCAACCUGCGCUGGAAGCCCCUCUUCCUCUUGCAUUUCCUGCUGCGGCUGAAGUUCUCCCGCGUCCUCUGCUUCACCAACAGCAGGGACACGUCACACAGGUGAGGCCGUGCAGUAGUGGGAUCUUUGCGGGCUAGGCUUGAACUUUCAUAGGAAGCCGAUGUUGGGAUACUGCCGGGAAGACGGGGGCAUCAGGCAGGCCCCCAGCUGGCUCCAGCCACCAGCCGGCAGCCGAUCUCCCUUGGAACAGCAUCAAUUAGCGACACGAGCCUCAGAUACGUUUAGAGACCCAUGGACGCUCUGUCAGCAGAGUGCGUAAAUCUUCUCACAACAGAAGAGGCAGACAGAGAAAUGUGUACAGCAUUUUAUUCAGCAUAGUUCAGGAACAGAGGAAAACGUGUCUGCUUCCCUUCGUCUCCAGCAAAAAAGCAGUAACACAAAAGCUAUAUACAAACGGAAGUUCCCAGCAAGUGCUGGAUGUAAACAGGCAUGUGAUAUACAAUAGUCCUGCCUGUCCCUUUUUAAGGUGGAACGGAACUAUAUCCUAACAGCCAACAGAGCACUGGUCCCGUCUGCUGAGGCAGAGGAUCCUUUGGAGUCUCAGCAGCCCUCCUGGGAGGGGCUGGUCCUUGAUCCUGGGAUCCCCUUCCUCUGCCUGCAGAGCAGGGGCUCUGCCGCUGGUCUGUGCCCCCAUCCUCAUCCUUUGUUCUCUCUCUCCACCACCCCAGGCUCUUUCUACUGCUUCGAGCCUUUGGCGGCGUGAACGUGGCCGAGUUCUCUUCCAGGCUGAAUCCAAGGCAAAGGAAGUUGACACUGAAGGAGUUUGAACAGGGGAAGAUCCAGCUGUGAGUAUUUCCAGGGCAAGGGGGGGCUGGCCACAUCCUCGUGUCUCAGUUGCACAUCACACACUGGCUGCCCCUUGAUCUCCAGAUGUGCAAUGGUGGUGGAAAGUUUCUGGCACCGUUGGGAGCCGAGUUGAGCCACAAGAGGACCUGCCUUUGGUGGGAUGUCUCUCCUUUUCAUGACACUAGAAGAAACUGUACGAGCCGGGCCUCUUCCCCAACCCACCACACCACAAGCCCCCAGCCCUUCCUUUGCGGACCAAACAUCUGCGCUCAGAUCUGCUGGGAUGACAGCGAUUUCUCUCCUCAACACCCAGGUUAAUCAGCACAGACGCCACAGCCCGAGGAAUCGACAUUGGUGGAGUGAAAUGCGUCAUCAGCUACGAUGCUCCUCAGUUCAUCAGGACCUACAUUCACCGGUAAUUCCCUCAGAGGGAGGCUUUCAAAUAAUGUGAACGAGUUUCCUUUUUCCCCAGGUAGCUUGGGGGUGGGGGCUCAGAAGUGGUACCUCCUGGAAAAGGCCAACCUUUCUCUCUCUGUUUUUCAGAGUGGGCAGAACAGCUCGUGCAGGGAAAGCGGGACUGGCCUUCACCAUGGUGCUGAAACAGCAGGUAAUAAUAAUAAUUAUUAUUAUUUAUAUGCCGCCCAUCGGACUGGGUCUCCCCGGCCACUCUAGGCAGCUUCUGACAAAUUAUAAAAGGUAAAGGACCCUGACAGUUAAGUCCAGUCACGAACGACUCUGGGGUUGCGGCGCUCAUCUCACUUUACUGGCCGAGGGAGCCGGUGUUUGUCCGCAGACAGUUUUUCUGGAUCAUGUGGCCAGCAGCACUAAGCCGCUUCUGGCAAAACCAGAGCAGCGCACGGAAAUGCUGUUUACCUUCCUGCUGGAGUGGUACCUAUUUAUCUACUUGCACUUUGACUUGCUUUUCAACUGCUAGGUGGGCAGGAGCCGGGACCGAACAACAGGAGCUCAUCCUGCCACAGGGAUUUGUACCGCCGACCUUCCAAUCGGCAAGCCCUAGGCUCAGUGGUUUACACCACAGCGCCACCUGCGUCCCCUGACAAAUUAUAAAACCACAUACAUUAAAAAUCUGCCUUCAGAUGCCUUCUAAAAGUCAGAUAGAUGUUUAUUUCCUUGACAUCUGAAUGGAGGGUGUUCCACAGGGUGGGAACAACUACUUAAGAGAGUUCUCUUGUCUGGUUCCCGGUAACCUCACUUCUUGUAAUGAGAGAACCACCAGAAGGACCUCAGUGUCCGGGCUGAACUAUUGUGUGGGGCAGGGAGGCUGAGAGGCUGCCACACGUUCCCAUCCCUCUCCGGAGUAACCCAGAUGUUGCAUUCUGGGUGCCUUUGCACAGACGGAAGUCCUCGUAGUGAGGUCUCCUGUGGCUCAGACAGGCUCUGCUUCAAGGACUUCAGUGGCAGCAACUGGGGUAGAAAAUGGCCUAGAGAACAGCAUGGAGGUGAGCAGGGAGUGGGCUUCAGGGACACUGCCUGGUUGCUGGAUGCCCAGCUCAGCUGCCCGUCAAAACACACCCAGGGCCUCUUCCACUGAAUUUAGGUGGUUGGUCAGUAGCACCCUUUCACAGCUUUCUGUAGUGUGGGUUUUGGAAUGCAGCAUGGUGUUCACUUCCUUCAUUGCUUUCCAGGAAAGGAAGUUUCUGAAGAUGCUGAGGGAAGCCGGUCUUCCUGAGUUGGAGCAGCAGCUGGUGAAGAACACAUCCCUCCAGCCACUCCUCCCACAGUAUGAGGAAGCCUUGGCAGACCUCCAGAAGAUAAUGAAGGUAUCCAUCGCUCCACGCAGGAAUUUGCACUGAUAGCCAAGGCUGUUGAGCAUGCAUUUGUGCUUCUUUAGAUUCCAAAAUGCUGCUUCUGGUCUCUAGGGUGUCUGAGAUGGGCCUAAUCACCUCCCUUUCUCAUCUUUCCCUCAACAGGAGGAGCGAGCUGAGAAGAGAUCUUGAGCAAGACCAGGCAAGCCAGAGGUGUCUCGCUGAGAAUAAUCAGGGGGCUGGAACUCUUACUUUGUGGUUUGGUUUCCAAUGUCUUGAGUACACAAUGACAUUCAGAAGCAAACACUAAGGCUUAAGAGCUCCUGGAAGUAUCAAGAUACGGAAGGCGUGUCCAUCGCACGGCUUAAGGAGCGCCAACUGCCAUCCUGCUGUCGUCAAGGCCACCUCUUGAUCCCUCAAAGACCAGCAGAACAUGCCUUAGCUUGUAAAUGAAAGCUCUUUCUCCCUAUGAGCCAAAGAACUGCCAGCCUUUCCCUGUGAGUGGCCCUAAUCCUCACCAGCCUUGCCUAUCCCAGUGCUACUCCCUCACGGCCAAAAGAGGGGAUCAAAGGUUGCUGAGCCCAGCUGGGCUUUAAGAGCGAGGGCUCCAUCUCAGGAAGAAGUUUUAAAUAAAGAAAUCAGCCUGCGCCUUCUGGGGCAGGCAAGAUGUCUCCCUCUU